GAGGAGUGAGGAGGACUGACUGACAUAGAAUACAAUCGGCUGCUUUGUCUCUCUUGUGUAAACCUUUUCUUUUCCACUCACUACCCCUCUCUCUUUCUAAUAUAAACACACCACAACACAAUUUCACACUCAACGCUCUCUCUUUCUUUCUUUCCUUCGUUUACGCUCCCCAUGGACAAGGCCCAAACCCAACCCUGGCGACCCGACCCGCUUCACGCCGCCAUGUUCCGGCCACCGGAGACGCCGCGGGAGCCCAUGGAGUUCCUCUCCCGCUCCUGGAGCGUCUCCGCCCUCGAAGUCUCCAAGGCGCUCUCCAAAGUCACACUCUCCAAUGGCACCGCCGUCGCCAUACCGGAGGACGUGGCCGCCGAGGCCGAGGCCGAGGAAGCAUCCGCCACGGUCUCCGGGAACCCCUUCUCCUUCGCCUCCUCGGAGACCUCCCAAAUGGUGAUGGAACGAAUCAUGUCACAAUCUCAGGAGGUAUCUCCACGAACCUCAGGGAGACUCUCGCAUAGUAGUGGCCCUCUUAACGGAACCCAAAGCUGUGGCUCCUUAACCGAUAGUCCUCCUGUUUCUCCUUCUGAAAUCGACGAUAUCAAGUACUCUCGCAGCAACAACGUCACCGCCAGCACUUUGAGUCUCAAUUUCAGAAGCGCCGCGUCGGGAGGUGGCGGGAAGACGGUGGGGAGAUGGCUCAAGGACAGGAAGGAGAAGAAGAAAGAGGAGACCAGGGCGCACAAUGCUCAGCUUCACGCCGCCGUCUCGGUCGCCGGUGUCGCCGCUGCGGUGGCCGCGAUUGCUGCCGCCACCGCCGCCUCCUCCGGCGAAGGGAAGGACGAGCAGAUGGCCAAGACCGACAUGGCGGUGGCGUCGGCGGCGACGCUCGUGGCCGCGCAGUGCGUGGAGGUGGCGGAGGCCAUGGGGGCGGAGCGCGAGCAUCUGGCGUCGGUGGUUAGCUCCGCCGUGAAUGUGAGAUCCUCCGGCGACAUUAUGACUUUAACUGCUGGGGCUGCGACAGCUUUGCGUGGGGCUGCCACAUUGAAAGCGAGGGCCCUCAAGGAAGUGUGGAAUAUUGCAGCAGUGAUUCCUGUGGAGAAAAAUUUGGGAGCUGCGGGUGGAGUUAUCAAUAAUAAUGGCAGCAAUGGGAAUUCUAAUAGUAGCUUUAGCGGUGAGCUUGUAACAGAAGAAAAUUUCUUGGGUAUAUGCAAUAGAGAAUUAUUAGCCAGAGGUUGUGAGCUUCUCAAGCGCACACGCAAAGGUGAUCUUCAUUGGAAAAUUGUGUCUGUGUAUGUGAACAGGACGAAUCAGGUUAUACUGAAAAUGAAGAGCAGGCACGUUGCUGGGACCAUCACAAAAAAGAAAAAGAAUGUGGUGGUUGAAGUGAUCAAAGAUGUACCCGCCUGGCCUGGACGCCACUUGCUGGAAGGUGGUGAGGAUCGCCGCUACUUCGGUUUGAAAACGGUGAUGCGUGGUGUGGUGGAAUUUGAGUGCAAAGAUCAGAGAGAAUUUGAUGUGUGGACUCAAGGUGUUUCAAGGCUUCUCUCCAUUGCGGCAGAAAAGAACAACAAAAACAGAAUAUGAUUGGAGUCUGAGAUCAAUCCAUGGGUGCUAUUAGGCAUUAAUAGAUGUUUUGUACAUGAUGGUGGGUUUUGGUCAUUGUAAAAAGGUUAAACUAAAGGCAAAGUUAAUGCCAAAUGGGGUCACACUUUAAUCUAUCUAAGAGAUGGGGAUGUAUUUUUUGAAUGGAAAAGCGAAAUAUUUGAACUUAAGUGAGCCCAAUGCGAACCAAUAGUCCUUAUGUUCUGUAAAGAAAAUGAGUAUCUUGGACUUGGGGGAGUCAAAAAGAAGUGGAAAGAAUCAUAUUGGAGGGAAAGGAUAAUGUUUGUAGACAAAUAUACCCUUCCUUGAUCUUCUUGUUUGUACAUUUGGGUUUGGAUUUGAUUAAAAAAGGUGGUCAAAAGUCUAAAUUUUCAUGUGAUUAUCACAAUAAAAAAAUAUCUUGGGUUUGGAUCAA